UAUGACGAGAAAUCAUAACUGACGUCCUACUACCAAUAGCCGGUCCUUUGACACUGCUGCCCUAAUCCACAUCUCGCACGUUUACACACAAAUUGAAAUUUCAAAGUUGCGCAUAUAUUAGUAAUUUUAUUGAUUAACUAGGGUUUGGAAGCUAAUUUGGAAAUGGCGAAGCUGAGGCACUCAAGGAUACAAGCAAGGAAAUGGUCGACAUUGUCGCUGGUAUUGACGAUGCUAUUUAUGCUAACGGUGGUUCUAUUGAUGCUUUUGGCUCUGGGAAUCUUCUCUCUUCCUAUAAGCAGCGCCGAUGCUCCUCCCAAUGAUCUCACUACUUCCUAUCGGCGUAUGGCAGUUGAAAGAGAUGGUGAUGGUUUGGGUAAGAGAGGAGAGCAGUGGACUGAAAUUAUUUCUUGGGAGCCUCGAGCAUUUCUUUAUCACAAUUUCUUGUCAAAAGAAGAAUGUGAGCACCUAAUAGCUCUGGCUAAACCACACAUGACAAAGUCAACUGUGGUAGAUAGCAAGACAGGUAAAAGUAAAGAUAGCAGGGUUCGUACGAGUUCUGGAAUGUUUCUGAGGAGAGGACAAGAUAAACUUAUCAAGAGCAUUGAAAAGAGGGUAGCAGACUUCUCUUUCAUUCCUGUAGAGCAUGGAGAAGGGCUGCAGGUUCUUCACUAUGAAGUUGGACAGAAGUAUGAGGCUCACUAUGAUUAUUUUCUUGAUGAGUUCAACACUAAGAAUGGGGGCCAACGGACAGCAACUGUUCUAAUGUAUCUGUCAGAUGUUGAGGAAGGGGGUGAGACAGUGUUUCCUGCAGCAAAGGGAAACAUCACCUCUGUGCCAUGGUGGAAUGAGUUGUCUGAAUGUGGCAAGCAGGGCCUUUCAGUGAAACCCAAAAUGGGUAAUGCAUUGCUAUUUUGGAGCACAAGGCCUGAUGCAACUCUAGAUCCUUCAAGUUUGCACGGUGGUUGUCCUGUGAUUAUAGGCAACAAGUGGUCAGCUACAAAGUGGAUGCAUCUAGGGGAGUACAAGGUCUGAGCCAUUAUUAGUAAAGCAGGAUAGGCGAACAAGUAUCAUGUGGAUCAUUUGUGCUGGCAUAUAUGGUGAAUGUCCAGACACAGAGUGGCACAUUCCUGAUCCCUCAACGGUAGAAAUAGCAUAGAAAAGUUUUACAAUUUAGGCAUAGCGAUUUUAUUUUAUUUUAAUUUUGUUUCUUAUUUCAUGGGCCCGUUUUAGCCUUCUAACUGGGAUUUAGGUCGUAAGUUGUUACUUGGUGGUCCAAAACAGAUAUGUUUUUUCUUCUUGUACUUACAAAUUUAGUUGGGUAUAACGAGGGGAUGUCUUCUGGGCAAAGCUUCACUCCCAAUAGGUAAAUUGUGAACGAACAAAAUAAUUGCUGGAUUAUAAGUCGUCAGACUUUUCUUCA